AUGGUCAGCGGUAAUUUUGAUAAAAUCGCUGCUAUAAAUGAAAUAAAUAAAACGUUGAAAUUAUGCGAUUUCUGUACAAAAAAUAUUGGCCUAUCCUUCUUACAAGGGUCUGAUAAAAAAUUAUUAGGUACAGUGUGGAGGAACGCAUGGUUUUCAUUUUCAGCAAUGGUUUUGUUAUUGAUGGUUGCUGGAGAAAUAAAUUAUGUACUUGAAAAAUUGAUAAAAUCAUCUUCAGUGGUAGAGUUUGUAUCAGGAGUACAUAUAGCAGGCUAUGACACUAUGAGUUUUGGCAAAUUGCUGACGAUCUGGUACAAGAAGGAAGCUUUCAAGCACCUUCUGAUUGAACUGGCCGAUAUCUGGCCGAUGUCCGCGCACGAUAAGGAGGCCACUGAAAUAAAACGCAAAAAAAUUUCGCGUUUACGCAGUGGUCAAUUUUUGUAUGCAUUUUGGAACAUACUGGGAUUAUGGCUGUACAAUCUAACACCAAUUGCUGUCUAUCUUUAUCGCAGAGUUAAAGGCAUGCCAGCUUAUUUGGAUUAUAUAUGGCAUUUGUCUUAUCCCUUUGAUAAAACUCAACCCGUAUAUCACGAAAUUGUCUUUGUCUUUGAGUUGUAUGGAGGAGUUGUAUCCGUCUGGUCAAUGCUUGGCUCGGAUAUAUUAUUUAUGACCAUGUCCAGCCAUAUUAGCAUGCUUUUGCAAUUACUGCAAUUGAAAAUCCGUCGAUUGUCGUUCCAGACGGACAAGAGUCAUUAUCAAGACAUUGUGGCUGUUGUUAAAAUACACCAAAAGCUUAUAAAGUACGGAAAUGAUUUAGAAGAAGCAUUCUCGUUGGUUAAUUUAAUUAACGUUCUUUUGAGUUCCGUCAAUAUUUGCUGCGUUGUUUUUAAUAUCUUACUAGAUCCAUGGAUGGCAAUGAGUAACAAAUUCUUUUUGGGCGCUGCUUUGACACAAGUUGGUAUACUCUGCUGGUAUGCGGAUGACAUUUGUACCUCUAGCGCAGGUGUAGCCGAUGCUGUAUAUGAGAGUGGAUGGUACAAUAGUGACAUUCGGUGCCGUCAAGCGUUACUUACAUUAAUACAAAGGUCUCAAAAGCCGUUAUAUUUCACCGCAAUGAAAUUCAGUUCGAUCACCAUGAAGACGUAUAGUUCUAUUCUCACUACUUCAUAUUCUUAUUUCGCGUUGCUGUACACUGUUUAUCGUAGUAAUUGA